AUGUGCGAUAUAUUUCCGGACGUGGACAAUUGUUGCUUGGUAAUUACAUUGCGGAUUGGGAUGCUUUUGAUAUCGGUAUUGGCAAUUAUGACAGGCGUAGUUGGAUUAAGCACGGUUGAACAAAAAUCUCAUAUGAACUAUCAAAAGGUUAAAGAUGCUACUCAUAUUUCAAAAGCUGAAGAAGCAAUGGACAAACUCGGUGUGCUCGUAUCCGCGGGGAUCAGCGUGAUGUCAUACCUGUUCAUGAUCACUGGUGUCUGCUUAUUGAUUGGUACUUUAAUCGAUGAAGAGGGACUUGUCCAAAUAUUCGUUUGGGUGACAUUUUUCAACGUCAUCCUUGGUUUCGUCAUGGUCUUGGGAACGGCUAUCGAGUGCAUUGCGAAAAGCAGCUGCAUCUUGAGCGACCUGGAUUGGCUAUCGGGAUCCGCUUUGCUGGUUUUAAUUAUCGGAUAUUUGUUCUUGUGGAUAUAUUUCAUUUGCGUCGCAAAUAGUUACGUUUUGGGUGUUGUAGGAUAA